CCCCGCCCCUCCGUACCCACAGGCUCGGGCCCGAGGGCCCGCGGGUCCCCGGCAGGGGGCGGCCUCGCACCGUGCCGCGGGCUCCUCCGCAGCCGCCGCCCGGGCCGCGGCUCCUCCCCCGGCCCCGCCUCCCCUGCCUCGCGCCGCCCGCCAGUCCGCCGGUCUCUGCAGGAUCGUCGGUCUGUCCGCUCGCUCGUCCCUCCGCUGCCCGGGUCCCGCUAGCCCGAGUGCGCGAGUCGAUUCGUCGGUUCCGGCCGUCACAAACCCGUCUCUCGCCCCUGGGCUGCCCGCCUCUGCUACGCGAGGCCGGGGAUUGGCGGGGCGCGUAGGCCGCACCGCCGCGGAUGGAGCCGGAAUAAAGAGGCAGCUGAGAAAGCAGCUGGUCUCCGCUCGCCCCGCGCCUGACCCCACGGGCGGCCUGGAGCAGAGCCGAUUACUGGGGAAGGCAGAGCCUUCUUGGCAUUGCUGGGACCCUGUCUCGAAGAGCCCCUGUCCUGUAAACACUGCCUUGUAGCUCUCUUCUUGGCUAAUGACAAGGGCUAUCUGACCAGUCUCCUCUGUGCCUUGUGUGAGGUUCUUGUCCGCCCCUGAGAUCCAUCCGGUAGCUUCUCUCUCAGGGUUGGGUUCACCUUAAGCGGGAAACUGAAGCCAUUACUGUCCAAACCCAGUUUCAUCUUCCCAAGCAUGUCGGAAAGCUGGCAGCAGCCGCCACAGGCGCAGGCACCACAGGCGCAGGCACCACAGCCUCAGCACCAUGCAGAGCCACCGCCGGCCCUGGCUGAACACUCGCUGCCCCCAGGAACAGCUGAGAACCCACUAGGCUGUGCUGUCUAUGGCAUACUUCUGCAACCUGACCCAGGCCUGCAGCCCCCACAGCACGCACCUCUGCCAGCAGGGGAGCCAGGCCCCAAAUGUGGUGUGUGUGGCCAUGACCUGGCACACCUCGCCAGCCCACACGAGCACCAGUGCCUGGCAGGCCACGACCGCUCAUUCCAGUGCACACAGUGUCUCAAGAUAUUCCAUCAGGCCACCGACCUGCUGGAACACCAGUGUGUGCAGGCUGAGCAGAAGCCUUUUGUCUGCGGUGUCUGCAAAAUGGGCUUCUCCCUGCUCACCUCACUGGCCCAGCACCACAGCUCCCACACUGGCAUGGUGAAGUGCUCCAUCUGCGAUAAGACCUACAAGCCAGCUGAGGGCGCUGAACCAGCCACCACUACUGCCCCGUCGCUGCCCCCAGCACCUCCACCCACUAAUGUGGCCCCCGCGGAACAACCCGAAAAGCCCUAUAGCUGCCCCAUCUGCCAGAAACCCUUCAAGCACCUGUCGGAGCUCUCCCGGCACGAGCGGAUCCACACUGGGGAGAAGCCGUACAAGUGCACUCUGUGUGACAAGAGCUUCAGCCAGUCCUCCCACCUGGUGCACCACAAGCGCACACACAGCUCCGAGCGGCCCUACAAGUGUGCUGUCUGCGAGAAAACCUUCAAGCACCGCUCCCACCUGGUGCGCCACAUGUACGCACAUUCGGGGGAGCACCACCUGUUCCGCUGCAACGUGUGCGAGCUGCAUUUCAAAGAGUCGUCCGAGUUGUUGCAGCACCCUUGCACCCCGAGCGGUGAGCGGCCCUUCCGCUGCGGCGAGUGCCAGAAGGCCUUCAAGAGGCCAUCGGACCUGCGGCAGCAUGAGCGCACCCACAGUGCCGAGCGGCCUUUCAAGUGUGACCUGUGCCCCAUGGGCUUCAAGCAGCAGUAUGCGCUGAUGCGGCACCGGCGCACGCACAAGACGGAAGAACCCUUUAAGUGUGGCCUGUGUGAGAAGGGCUUUGGGCAGCCCAGCCACCUGCUCUACCACCAGCACGUGCACACCCUGGAGACCCUCUUCAAGUGCCCCGUGUGCCAGAAGGGCUUCGACCAGUCUGCUGAGCUGCUGCGGCACAAGUGCCUGCCGAGCUCCACAGAGCGGCCCUUCAAGUGCCCGGUGUGUAACAAGGCCUACAAGCGGGCGUCUGCCCUGCAGAAGCAUCAGCUGUCUCACUGCGCUGCAGCGGAGAAGCCUCUGCGCUGCACCCUGUGUGAGCGCCGCUUUUUCUCCUCCUCGGAGUUUGUGCAGCACCGCUGUGACCCUGCCCGGGAGAAACCACUCAAAUGCCCGGACUGUGAGAAGCGCUUCAAGUACGCUUCCGACCUGCAGCGUCACCGGCGGGUGCACACGGGUGAGAAGCCCUACAAGUGCCCCAACUGCGAUAAAGCCUUCAAGCAGCGCGAGCAUCUCAACAAGCACCAGGGAGUGCACGCCCGCGAGCAGCAGUUCAAGUGUGUGUGGUGUGGCGAGCGCUUCCUGGAUGUGGCGCUGCUCCAGGAGCACAGUGCCCAGCACAGCGCGGCGGCCGCAGCUGCGGAGGGCGCCUACCAGGUGGCGGCCUGCCUGCCCUAAGGCCCGGGGCCACCACCUGCCCUGUCUAGUCUCGCCUGCUUGCAGCUGCAUGGCAGCAAGCCUGUCAGCCAGCUCCCUCCUCGGUGAGGACCGAAGGGUCCUGGGCAGGUGGAGGGUGUGCAUGUUCAGUACCGGCACCAGCCCGGCCAUCAGAGGAGCCAAACUGCUGUGGCCAGACCAGAUUCCAUUGACCUCUUCCCCACGACAGGACUUGCUUUCUGAGAGCCCUGCUGUCCUCCUUAUCUGUAAGGAAUUUGAAUCCCACCUGUAGUCAGGUGCCUCUCUGCCCAGGUAUGAGGGAUGCCAACCCAGCCUUCCCAAAUUGUUCAGCCUAGUUAGAAGCCAGGUGGCUUGACAAGAAGAAAAUAGGGUUUCUCCUCAAAUUGCUUUUUUUGCGGGGAAAGGCCAGCUUUGUGACAGUUCUGGAGACUUAGAGUGUAGACUGUGAGCUGCAGUCCUCUGACUGCCCAGCUAGAAUGAAUGUGCCCCAACCGCAAGUUUCUGAUAGUUAAGCUAUGUAGGAUAGGAGUCUUUGGGCAGGGUGUGCUUGGAGAUGAGGGGUCCAGUCAGGGUGGGGGAAGCAGGAACAUUCCAUGACACCCUCAGGCCAGCCCGUGCUGUCGGCAGGGAAAGGGACACAAGCAGCCUGUGUGCUGAGGGUGAUCCCGAGUCUGUGGAAGCCCCCUCCUCGCUGUGAGUAGUUCUAAGCUUCAGGGAAAGUAACGUUCCCUUUGAGCUGCUGUUGUAGGAGGGGAGGGCUGUUAGUCCCCCUUCCCCCUAGCCUCAUCUCGGAGGUAGGGAGGAAGGAGAACCAAGCCCAUGAUUUCCCCAGUAGUUAUCAACAGGUCCCUUCUUCCCAAACUGUGUGAACCAAAGUGUCGGGGGCUCAGAGUCGUAGCGUCAGCUUGUCCCAGCCCUGCCUGAGGGCCCAGUGGAGUUCUGAGUACCCAGGGUGAGGAAUGGCUUCUCACCCCACAGAGCCCUCCUAGCCCGUGGAUUCCAUGAGCCAUCAGUCCGGCUGUGGGCUUGGCCCCUAAGGAUCUUCUGUUGCCAAAACAACCUGCUCUCCUUUGGGUCCUAGAGUCCUCUUAGGUCUUUGGCUCCUCACAGCCUGCCUCCUAUGGCAAACUUGGGAUCGCAGGGAUAAAGGAGCCUGUGGGCAGCAUCUUAGCAGGUACGUGGUCAGCUCCAUCACUGGACGGCCAGAGCCACCUCGAGCCUGGAGGGUCUUUGUUGUCAAAGUCGUCAUUCUGAACCCAGCCCUGCCCAUGCCCUCCUCAGCCCCCCUCCCUAUCCAUGAGUCUUGAAAGAGGACUGACCAGCACCCGAGCCAAGGGCCAGACGGGGAGGAGGACACCGCGCACCUCUCCUCUGAAAGUCCAGCUGGCCGCAUGCACCUGCUGUCUGCCCAGGUUCUCGCCUGUGUCCACAGAGGCAGGUUAACACUCUUCUUGGGCUGAAUCUUGGUCACAAAGCCUCAAAAGACUGGAACUCAGGCUUACAACAGUCCAGUCCUACUUGCUAAUUUUUCCCUUUCAUUUUGCAUUCUAAAAGCAGUUUGUUAUACUAUUCAUAACAUUGUAUAGUGUAAUUUCAUGUCAUUUUGGAUCAUAUAUAAAUAUGAGAGUUUGGAAUUUCUCAAAGAACGACUCCACUUUAGGUAGCCAUUUUGACGUUACCCCACAGUGAGUCUGAUGUGUGCUCUGGAAGUAAAGACGUGGCCCGCUGCAGCUCCAGCUCUUCCACCUGUUCUUUCCGAAGGGAAUGAUGGGAAGUGCAGGGGCUGAGGGUUACACAGGCCAGAGUGGCAGGUUGGGGCUAGGCUUGAAGCCUGAGCUUUGAGGCUGUGUGACCUUGGACUGGUCACUUAACCUCUUUGGGACACAGUUGCCUCAUCUGUCAAAAACCAAAAAACAGAUUGGGAGGUCAACUUACCUCGCUGUUGUGAGAAGUGCAUGGAGACGUUGAGACUCUGAGGGGACGCUAUGGACAAGCUGAUGGGAGCCAAGUGCAAUAUACCUCACCCCACCUGACUUUAAGGUUUAACCAUAGCCCUUGAGGAGGGAGCUGGACCAUGAGAAACCAGCAGCUCAUGAAAGGCCAGAAGCUGGAGAUGGCAAAACAAUUUAUUCAGGUGCUCCCUGGAACAGUGGUAAACUCACCUAGCCCAGCUAGCCUGCUCUACCAUUCGGUCUGCCCUGCCGUGAUCCCUUGGUAGACCGAACCCAGUGCCUUUACCUCAGUCCUUCCACACAUUUUUUACUCCAUCCUUGCCCAUAGCAGUCUGUCUGCAACUCACAUACUUUCCAUUUCUCAAAGGUCAGGGUGGGGCUAGAGAGAGGGAGAAAUAGCCCUCAACCUGGCAUCUGAGAGCCAAGGGCGCCCUGUCCUAGGUAAAGGUAGGAAGUUCAAAGGACAUGGAGCUACUAUACUACAAGUGUUCCUAAGACUGUGUUGUGACCCAGACCUCAUGCUUCUCUCAUCCCCUGUGUAGCCCUGAGAAGCCAGGAGGUUCCUUCCUGUCACUUCUACCACUCGGCAGCUAACAGCAAGGGACCUUUGUGUCUGUGCCGUGCUCAAGGCCCAGCUUGUUUUCUAGUGUGGCCUAGAUAAAACUGCUUGGUGGCCAGCAAUGGCCUGAACAUUCCUUUGUCCAGACCAUUUGGAGGCCCAGGGAUUGCCAAAGCCACACAGUGGUAAGUGGCCUGGAGUUCCACCUGCACAGAGGUGCAGGACAGGCAGUGUGGCCAGGACAUCCCUGACAUUCUGGCUCCAGGUCACUUUUCUGGCUAGGACUGUCCCUGACACCCAGUCUGGCCAGGGGAUCAAGGCAACAAAGUGCUCCCCCUGCCCCAGCCGGUGUUCAGCUCCUUGACAGAACCAAACUACUGUUGUCCACCUUCCCAGGCAGGCAGAGAGGAGGGUCCUUAAAGGGCCUGCACCUCCUUCCUGGCUCAUAACCCUGCUCUUCCUCCAGAGCAGACUGUCAUCCCAUCCUGGACUACUGACCCUGUGGCAAUCCACCCAAGGCCCCCCGGCCAGACUCUGGUGAUGAGGUCUGCAGCGUCCCAUCCUGAAGCAAGCAUUUUGUUUCUGAGAGGUCACACCCCCAGGAAGAGCCCUGGCUUCUGUCAGUCUACAUCCCAGAGGUUUCGUGUCCUGUAAACAGUCUGUGUAGGGGCAGGCUUGUGGGGUCUCUGUCCACUAUGUCCUCACCCCACCGUGGCUCUGCAUUCCUGCCGUAGUUCCUCCACGACCAUAACCGAGCACCUGCUGUUUUCAGGCACAAAGCAAGAACUGCAGACAGAGUUUAAAGGGUUUCGUGAAUCAAGGAGGAGGGCUGAGGAGAAGGCCCGGUUAGUGCGGUCCCUGCUGCUCAAGCAUGAGGACCUGAGUUGGGAUGCCCAGCACCUGUAUGGUUGUAACCCUAGGCUGGGGACACAGGUGGGGGAAUGACAGGACAUACGGACGUUCCUGGAGCUCCUCCCAGUCAGUCUAGCCAUUUGGUGAACACUGGGUACAGUGAGACCCUGUCUCGAAAAAUGAGAUGGGGAGUGAUUGAAGAUGCUGAUGUUGACCUCUAGUCUCCCCAUGUCCAUGCACCCACAGGCAAACACAAAGCAAAAAUGGCCACUGACAUCUGGGACUGGAACCUUCUCCACACCCCAUCUCACUUGGGCCUGUCCUGCUGUCAGCCCCAGACCCUGGGCUAUGAUGCACCUUCCCCGUGUUGCUCUGUAAUAAACACUACUGUUCCUUUGUA